AUGGACUUUGAAUCUCUUCAGCACAGACUUUCACUCGAAACGGAAGGUGUAUUUGGUCCCGGAAGAUUCUAUUUCGAGGCUACUCCUUUGGAGGCAAUUGGUCUUUGUCGGGUCGGUUGGUCUACCGAAGAAGCGAACCUUCUGUUAGGUACGGACGCUUUUGGCUUCGGCUAUGGUGCAGACACUGAGGGUUUUGGUAUCAGUGGACAACAGGGCAAGCGAAUGCAUAAUGAUGAGAUCGAAAAUUAUGGAGAGGCCUUUUUCAAGUCCGAUGUAAUUGGUUGCCUUUUGGAUACAAUCGAGGGAACAGUGAAAUGGACUCGGAAUGGAGUCGAAUUUGGCAUCGGCUAUACUCUGCCUCCACAAAUGCUGCAGAAUUCCUGCUUCUUCCCAGCUGCCUCACUGCUUAACUCGACAGUCGAGUUUAACUUUGGAGCUCUGGCUUUCAAGCAUUUUCCUGGGUCACGCAGGCUUCAGACCCACCAAAUUCUAUUUCGCCUCGGACUUGGCUGCUUGUUCUUUCCUCCCGUGCUUCCUUCUCUCUAUUUCGCACCACCUGGUAUCUAUGCUGUUGCGUUGACUCAUUCCAUCCUUUUCGCCUGGCUCCCAGCUCGUACAGCUUAUGAAGAAAUACGUCUGUCUCUGCACAUUUCUGUAUUAGGCUCAGCAUGCUGGCUGCUAACGCCUCUGCUUGGUGUACCAGGCGCACUUAAACAGGAAAGCCCAAGCGGGCCGAUUCGCUCAGAUCCAUCUAUCAAUUUAUGUAUCUGUUCUUCAAUCUAA